AAAAAAUGUUAAUGAAAAGUCAACAACUCUCGGUCAUUCUGAGAAUCCGUUGAUUUAUCGUCUGUAUCUGUCAACAACAGAAACACGUGCGACCGGGGCGCAUGACGUCAGACGCACACGGGUUAUGAAAAAAAAAGAGUUACGAAAGUUGUAUCCAGUCACGCCGGCAAAUGUCAUUCAUCUCUCUUAUUCACCCGCAUAUGCUUCAGAGAUCCACGCCGAAGGCUCUUUGCGUGUAUUCAGAGGAAUAAUGCUGGGAUCGGUGGUUGUGGGAAUAGGUAUCGCAGGAUGUGUGAGAGUGAGAGAUUUACUCGCUCCUCUGCCGUCCAGCGCCGCUGAGAAGUUCAGCAUCCAGGGCUUUGUGUCCAGGAGGACUCUUGAAGAUCAGCAGGGCGUGAAGCAGAUCUCUAUGACGGAGGCGUUGAGCAGAGAUGACGUCCAUGUGGCGUUCAUAUGCACAGAAAACACGACCCACGAAGAGCACAUCAGGCAGUUUCUGGAGGCGGGGAAGCAUGUGUGUGUUGAGUAUCCCAUGACCCUCAGCUACACGUCUGCAGCGGAUCUGUGGAAUCUGGCUCAGCAGAAGGGCCUGGUGCUACAUGAAGAGCACAUUGAACUCUUCACUCCUGACUUCAAACAGCUGAAAAAAGACAUAGCUGGGAAAACGCUGGAGGAGGGAACGCUGCACUUCACAGGUGGAUCCCUGAAAUCAAAUUUCGGUUUCCCGUCUUUCAGCGGUAUUGCCAGACUGACCUGGUUGGUUGAUCUUUUCGGAGAGCUCACGGUUACUGCAGCAUCUCUGGUGGAGGAGAAAGACAACAAAUACAUGAAGAUGACGGCACACUUACUGACCCGACAGCAGAAACCUCUAACUUGGAUCGAAGAGCGGGGUCCAGGACUGGGCAGAACCAAACACAUAGACCUUCGCUUCCAGGACGCCAGCAUCACGGAGCUUCCUGCGGGUCAGCGGGAGCCGGUGGGUCUGUUCAUGCAGGAUCUGGUGCUGUUCGGACGGAAGCUGCAGGGUGAAGUGUCUGCCGCUGAGCUCCAGGAGGAGAGGAGCAGGAUCUUACACUGUCUGCAGCUGGCAGACCGCAUCCAGCAGCUCAGUGAAAACACUCAGGCCUGAACCUGAAGCGCUUCACACUACACACCAUAACACCUAGAGACAGAUCCACUAUUGUGAAAGUCAAUAUAAUUAAAUAAUAUAGAUUUAUUGUCAUUUGAUUUUUUUUUUUUCAACAGUGAAAAUCAGUUUGCUGAAAAGCUGCUUUUCGUGGUUGCUUGUCACCACUAAGGGAAGAAAAAUGAAAAUGGUGACUUUUUAUUUCGCAAUUCUGCAUUUAGAUGAAAGUCUGAAUUGUGAGAUAAAAAGAUUUGGUACUGCUCUAAAAAGGACAAAAAAAACCUCUAUGAAAAUAUGGAAGUGUGUUCUGUUCUUUUAAAAAAUGACAUUAUUCUUUAAAAAAAUAAGAUUCUAAAAAGAUUCUCUGAACCACAAAAAAACUACAUGCAUGUGUAUUAGGCAAUCCCAGAAUGCAUUGCAAAAUAAUUCUAAGAUUUACUGUAAUAUCAGUAGUGAAUCAAAUUUCAGUAGUAUGCUAAGUAUGAACAGAAAAUAAAUCCUGAAUAAUUACAAAAAUAAUUAUUGACUCCAUUAAAAUCUUCUUUUCUGGGCCAAAACUCUAACAGCGCCUGGAGGAGCAGCCCACCCUGAUUCACUGAAACAUAAUUCAUAAUUCACUGUCGAGCUAAUAUUAUCAUGCCAGAAUAUGAAUGAUAGAUGAACAUAAACACACUUCAGAAAUCCCGUAUUUUACCUGCAUCAGCAUGUCUUUUAAAUGUUUUCACAUCAGGAAGACAGUAGUACAAAAAAAUAAGUAAAUAAAAUGUAUGUCUAGCUCUAAAAAGGACAAAAAAUAAAAGCAUAAAAAUAUGGCUUAAAGUUUUUUUUAAAAAAUGACUAAAUAUAAUCUUUUUUUCAUUGUUAGACAGAUAUUUUUGGUGAAAUAUGAUUUCUUCAGUCUUGAAAUUGCAGUGAUUAAAAAAGGCAGUGCAAUAGUUUUGAGUAAAAUAAAAGUUUGGUUUGGAAAUGUAACUAGUAAUAACUAGCAUCAGGACAUGCAGCAAUAUCACAUUCCUUUUUUGUAACGUGUAACAUUGCACUGGUUAUUAACGUAACAUUUCAAUAUUUAGCAGAAAGGGAUGAUUGUUGCUGACUACUUGUUUUUUUUUCUUAAGUCUUGUAAAUCAGUGUUUAGUAUAGGACUGAUCUACUGAGUUUUACUUUGGUACAUUACAUCUGCUUAUCCAAAGUUCAGUACAUGAACCUCGGGUGAUGUGAGUUACAGGCUGGAGCGUUGCAAAACACUAUGUACUUUGGUUUGAUUCUUAUAUUGAAAUUGAAUAUUAAACUUAAAUAUACGAGUGUGAAAACUGUGUAUUAAGUGUUCAAAACUGGAUGAGCUCUUCAAGCAUUUAUACAUGCUUUGAGCAAAAUUCAUUUAUUGUUGUGGUGUCAUACUUUUUUUCAUUUCUCUGUUCUCUCUGUGAAAGCACUGAAUGGAACGUAAAUGCACAUAUCAUUGUCAUAAAAACAUAGAUAGAAAAAGAAAUCCUUGUUUCUAAUCAGUAUGUUGUUUACAUUUGUCUUAAUGUUUGUCUUUUUAAAGGCUUUCUGGAAGUGCAUUUCAGAAGAUUUAUAAUCCUGGCUGACCUCUGUUGUGACAUUUUAUCAUGCAUGGUCUUAAAUAAAAACAAUAAUUAAAGGA